UUUUACUAUCAACGUUCUGGACACAUGUUUAAAAUUAAAAUUGAAAAAAAUUCUGAUAUUGCGCUUAAAAAUAAUAAUGGGAAAAUUAAAUGUGACUAUGCUUCGCUAUUUAACAAAAGAAGACUUUCGAGUUUUAACUGCUAUUGAAAUGGGUAUGAAAAAUCAUGAACUUGUUCCAGGAGCCUUAGCAGCUUCAAUUGCUAACUUACAUCACGGCGGUGUACAUAAAAUUCUUAAAGAACUUUGUAAACAUCGUUUAUUAACAUAUGAAAGAGGAAAAAAGUAUGAUGGUUAUAGAUUAACAAAUACUGGUUAUGAUUAUCUUGCCCUUAAAACUCUUACAAGUCGCCAAGUAAUUUCUUCGUUUGGAAACCAAAUAGGAGUUGGCAAGGAAUCAAAUAUUUAUGUAGUAGCUGAUUCUGAAGAUAAACCUAUAUGUUUAAAAUUACAUAGAUUAGGAAGAACAUGCUUUCGAAAUUUGAAAGAAAAAAGGGAUUAUCAUGCUCAUCGACAUAAAGUUGGGUGGUUAUAUUUAUCACGAAUUUCUGCUACUAAAGAGUUUGCAUAUAUGGAAGCUUUAGCUAAAAGAGAUUUUCCUGUUCCAAAACCUAUUGAUAUUAAUAGACAUUGUGUAGUCAUGGAACUAAUCAAUGGACAUCCUUUAUGUCGCCUUUAUGAAAUAGAUGAUGUAGAAAAUUUGUAUGAUGAACUAAUGGAUUUAAUUGUACGUCUUGGUCAACAUGGAGUUAUUCAUGGCGAUUUUAAUGAAUUCAAUAUAAUGAUAAAUGAUGAGCAAAAACCAGUCAUUAUUGAUUUUCCUCAAAUGAUGUCUACCUCUCAUCCAAAUGCACAAAUGUAUUUUGAAAGAGAUGUUAACUGUAUUAGAGAUUUUUUCAAAAAAAGAUUUAAUUAUGAAAGCCAUUUAUAUCCAAUAUUUGAAGAUAUAGCUGAUAGAGAAGAAUUUUUAGAUGUUGAAGUAUCUGCAAGUGGUUUUACUAAGAAUAUGGAUCAAGUACUUCUACAUGAAAUGGGUCUAAUUGACAAAAUAGACAGUUCUAAUGAAGAUGAUAAUGUUUCUUACAAAAAUGAAAAAGAAGAAAUAGAACAUUUAUCCCAACAAGUUUCAGAACUCAUGAAAGCAGAGGAUUCAUCACCAUCUAGUAAAAAAUGUUCAUUACCUGAAAAAGAAUUAACAUCAUGUCAUGAUACAUCCAAAUCAGAUUCUGAGGAAUAUAUAUCUUUAAGUGGAAGUGAUGAUUGUGAUAGUGUUGUUUCCUCUAAAGUAUGUUAUUCAGAUAUUCAUAGCGUUAGAAGUGUUACCACAUCUACUACUAUACCACCAGAAGUAAUAAGAGACAAAGUAAAAAAGGCUCUUGAAAAAAGAGACAGAGUUGCUGUUCAACGUAGACGUUUAGCUAAAGGUGAAGCAAGUGCCGUAUCUCGCCAGCGAAAAGAAAAUAGAGAUUUAAUCAAAGACAGUUUUGGUAUUUGGGGUUAAUAGAGUAAACAAUAUUUAACUUUUAUUUUUAUUGAAAAUUAAAAAACUCAUUACAAAAAUCUUGACUUGUA